GCUCAGCCUGGAGACGUGGGAUCGACCAAGGAUGGGGUUUGCAUCCUGGGCUUCUCAGGGAGCCACCGUGAAGGAGAAAGUCGUGCAGAGACACUGCGAGUGACCUGGAGCGCGUCGCGGAAAAUGGAGGAGAGGAUGGGAGGCAGCUAGCCCGACUCCCUCUGCACUCGGGGACGUCGGAGGCGCACGUCGAGGGUCCCCCAGAGAGCUCCGUUUAGAGCGGCGGAAAGGCAAUGAGGAGCGUUCGGUUCGCCCAGCCCAAGACUGGCAUCGGGGCUGGAGGCGACCUGCGACGCUGAAGGGUGCGAGUGGGGCACCGCCGCCGAAGGGCAGCGCCAUGGCCAGGGAGGAGUGCAAGGCGCUGCUGGACGCGCUCAAUAAGACCACGGCGUGCUACCAUCACUUGGUGCUGACUGUGGGAGGCUCCGCGGACACGCAGGACCUACGCGAGGAGCUGCAGAAGACCCGCCAGAAGGCGCGCGAGCUGGCCGUAGCCACCGGCGCCCGGUUGACCAUCGCAUUGCGCGACCGGGGCUUGGCGACCGAGGAGCGCGCGGAGUUCGAGCGGCUCUGGGUGGCCUUUUCGGGCUGCCUGGACCUGCUCGAGGCUGACAUGCAGCGCUCACUGGCGCUGGGAGCUGCCUUCCCGCUGCACGCGCCGCGCCGGCCACUCGUGCGCACAGGAGUGGCCGGAGGCUCCUCUGCUGUGGCCGCGCGCGCCCUGAGCGCUCGCAGUUUGCGACACGAGGCCGAAGGCGACUUCGACGUCGCCGAUCUGCCCGAGUUGGAACGCGAAGUCCUCCAAGUGGGCGAGAUGAUCGACGACAUGGAAAUGAAAGUCAACGUACCCCGCUGGACUGUGCAGGCGCGGCAGGCGGCGGGCGCCGAACUCCUGUCCGGUGCCAGUGCCGGUGCGUCUUCGGCUGGUGGCAUUUCAGUAGAGGAGCGCGCGGGACCCUGCGACCCCAGCAAGGCCCUAGCCGCCACUGUUUUCAGUGCCGUGCUGCUGGUGGCUGUGGCACUCGCCUUAUGUGUGGCAAAGCUGAGCUGACUGAUACCCAACGACCACCCACUGCCCCUUCUCCUUCCAGGGUAUGGGUGUCGGGGGCUGGCCUGUUAAAGAGAGGUAGUGAACCCGGGUGUGUGCACGCGUAUGAACACGAUCCUUUCAAGGCACACUUCUGCCUGGGCAAGACAUGUUUUGUUUUUUAACUUGCUGGCUCAAGAGGAGUUAACUGCACAGGGCGGUCAGGGCAUUACCUCUAAUGUCUGCAGGAGCUUUAUCUCCUAUUAAUAGAAACCGGUCCAGAGUGACCCCAGAUCCCUUUGAGUUUGAUGGGUUAACACGUGUGCGCCAAGUUUGGUACCCUCGCCCUAGUCGGUAGCUCCCACUUUGCAUGAGGGCAAUUUGGGAAAGGUGUAGAGUUGCAUCAAGCAUAGUAAGGGCGCCGUUUUGUUCCCUAGUCGAGAAAGGAGUUGCAGUAAGAUGUGAGUGGGUUUAUUACCUUAAUCCUUUGGGGCCUAAGCUUUGGGAAAGUUUGCUGGUAGAGGUUCAUGCAAAGUGCUUUCUCUAGGGACACUACUGCACUUCUUGGCGGACGUUGUCCGUUAGUCACCGGGAGCGGCAGCUCCCCGAGGUUUGGUGUUGUGACCCCAUUUAGGAAACCCAAGGAGGUUGUUUCAACUCGAUGUGGUAGAUAGAGUUGGACCCACUGCACACUUGCCUCAAGAAAAGACUCUCCCUACCCAUCCCUGGAUGAGGGAGGGGGGAGCGGUGAACAGUAAAUGCCACUUCGGGAGGGGCCACACUGCUAUGUAAACAGGCACGUUCUCCUCCCCAGAGGCUUAUUUUAUCCCAGAAUUAGACCACAGUGUUUGACCCUCCUUUGAGGGAGGGCUGGGGGAAUCCUCUUUGAAGCCCUUAAUCCUAUCUAUCCCUGGACUUUACUUGCCAGCCAAUAGGAGCACAAGCUUUCUAGAGAGCUGCCCAACUGUCUGACCCCAUGCUGCAGGAAAGGGCAAUACUGGCAUCACUAGCACACAGAGGCUGGGAGCCCGGCAGCUGAGACUGAGUUCAAAAUGUAACAGUUUUGAGUUGGAAUUUAAGGAGCUUUAAACACACACACCAACACACACAUCUGAAAGAAUGACAUUAGCAUAUUAGUACCGAAGCUGGGUUUUGUUUGUUUGUUUAUAGUGUAAAAGAAACUGGGCCACAAGCUCAUAUAUGCCAAAUGAGUCAAGCUUAGAGAUCUUUUACAUGUACCCGAGGCUACUAAAUAUGAUCUGCAUCUAUUUUUUAAAAUCUAUAUUUUUGGGACCAGAGAGAUGGCUUAACAGAAGUUUAUAUUGUAGCCGGGCAUAGUGGUGCAUGUCUUUAAUCCCAGCACUCUGAAGACAGAGGCAGGCAGACUGCUGUGAGUUCAAGGCCAGCCUAGUCUACAGAGCGAGUUCCAUGACAGCCAGGACCACAUAAAGAGACCUUGUCUCAAAAAACACAUUUUUAAAAAAGGCAUGUAUUUAUUCCUCUUGCAGAGCAUGCAAGUUCUGUUCCCAGCACCCACCUCCAGCAGCUCACAACUGCCUGUAACGCCAGCUCCAGGAAAGGUCUGAUGCCCUCUUCUGGCCUCCUUAGGCACUUGCCCUCACAUAUA